UAUUAACUUACAUCAAACAAAUGUUCUAGUGAUAUAUAACAGUGAAUUGUAGGGCUGUAACAGUUUACAAGGGAACUUCUUUUACAGAAAAAUGUCAAGUGUGUGCGAAUUGUUUUUGUGUUUCUUAACAGUGAAUAUUAUUAAAGGAGGUGCAACUCGUCCGAACAUCGUCUUUUUUAUUGCUGAUGACAUGGGGUGGGACGACGUGAGCUUUCACGGGUCGGAUCAAAUUUUGACACCGAAUAUAGACCUGCUCGCCUAUACCGGCGUCGCUUUAGAGAGAUAUUACAGUCAUUGCAUAUGCACGCCAUCGCGCGCCUCUCUCCUCACUGGGAAAUUCGCACAUGUCAUAGGUAUGCAGGGCUACCCAUUGACAAACGCGGAAGAUAGAGCUCUACCUCUUGGAGAGAAAAUUCUACCCCAAUAUUUAAAGGAUCUCGGUUAUGCCACACAUUUGGUUGGAAAAUGGCACGUUGGACAAGCAAGAGCCGAACAUUUGCCCACAUUCCGAGGUUUUGACACGCAUUUCGGUCACAGGGGUGGCUAUAUAGAUUACUACGAAUACACGUUAUUGGAAAACUGGGACGAAGGGGACGUUUCUGGAUUUGAUCUUUUCCGAAAUAUGACGGCUGCGUGGGAAGUUGAAGGAUAUAUAACAGAUGUUUAUAAUGAAGAAGCUAAAUCAAUUAUAAAGGCACAUGACGUCUCAAGGCCAUUAUUCCUUAUGGUUGCACAUAACGCUCCUCACUCCGCAAACGAAGGUGCUUUCUUGCAGGCACCGUCGGACGAGGUUCGAGCGAUGCGGCAUAUUGAAUUGCCACAAAGAAGAUAUUAUGCUGCUAUGGUAAAAAAACUUGAUGACAGCAUUGGAGACAUCGUUAAAACCCUUUCCGAGAAGGGCAUAUUAGAUAACACUAUAAUAGUAUUCGUAUCUGAUAAUGGUGGUAUAACGUCACAGAUGUCCGCUAAUUAUGCCUCCAAUUAUCCCCUGAGGGGACUUAAAAUGAGUCCAUUUGAAGGGGGUAUCAGGGUAAACGGGCUGAUAUGGAGUAAAAAUUUAACACAAAGUAACCAUUUGUGGAAAGGCUACAUGCAUGUUUCUGAUUGGCUGCCGACACUUUUGAAGGCUGUGGGAGCAGAAUCGGCUAAGGAAAUUGAUGGUUUUGAUUUAUGGGACAAUAUAGUAACCAAUACCAUAUCGAAAAGAGAGAUGAUUGUGGAAAUUAAUGAUUAUACUGGUUUUUACUCCAUAACUCAUAAUGAAUUUAAACUAGUAGUUGGUUCAGUAUUAACUAGUUAUAGUGAUCAUCAAGGGAAACAAUUUAGAGGCAUUAUUGGUAAACCACCCUCAUAUGAAGAUGCUAUCAAGAAAAGCAAAAUUUAUUCCGUACUUUCGGAUAAUGGGAUAAAUUUUGGAUUUAACGAGACAGCACUUAGAAAUAAAAUAAAAAUUAAAUGUAAUGAUUUGAAACCCAAUCAAGAAAUAUGUUUUCCUUCAAAAGAGAAAUGGUGUUUAUUUAAUAUCAAAGAAGAUCCUUGCGAAAUAGUGGAUUUAAUGGACACUCACAGUGAUGUUGCCAAAGAACUGCAUACGAAAUUGGAAAGAGAGAUAGCCAGAACAAUACCACGUACGAUCCCUCAUGAAACAAAUCUAAAAGCUAUGCCCAAAUUCCACAAUUAUACUUGGGAUAUUUGGAAAACUUCGGAUAAAUAAGUUACGGAAUAGAAAAUAAGAUUUACUGUUUUCGGCGUUUCCUAAUAGAUUUAGCCAAGGUCACGUGUGAAUAUUAUACUUAGCUAUGUAAAGAGGGAUUUGUGAAUGAACAAGGUCGCGACUAGAAACGAAGCAACUUUUAUAUUGCUGAGAUUUCUAUUUUAUUAAUUGACAAAGGUCAUCUGCAAUGUAAAUAUUAUUUUUUUUAAUUUAUUGAUUGACUACCAUAUCUCUUUUGUAUAAAACUGAAAUUAUUUCAUCGUACAUAGCUAGAUGUCAUGCAUUUGAGGGUAGAUUUAAGGCUAUAGAACGACCAUUUAUUUUAUUUCUCGAGUCAUAAACAGGUCAAUACUCGUAUACUGUUAUAUAAACUUUAUGAACGCCAAAUUCGAAAUAAAAAUAUUAUAAUAACAACAUUGCCUGUAUAAAAAUUCUUAUUGUAUAUAUUUUUUGAGAUUUUCCAUUUGUAAGGAACUAUUUGAUGUUAUAACUUUACAGAAGCUUUCACUGUACCGUGAAAUUAAACUCUACCUUUGAAAUAUAUUUUCUAUUUUUCGAAAUAGAAAAUACUCUUUAAAUAUUAUACUGUUGUAUUAAUGAUUGAUUCUUGAAUCUAUUAAAUGUUAUAUAUUUUUAUAUUGAUGUAUAUUUAUCUCAUAGUAGACGAACGCUAAGCUGAAUUUAAGUCCAGUUGUAUCUAUACGUAUUCAGAUAACAGCUGUCUGGUGUUAAUUAGAGAGAAAUGGUGUUUCAGCAGUGAACGCCAAUAAUGAUAGAACUAGCAUCAAUUUGAAUGACUUCACGGAUCUUAAUAUUAUUUUAAAACAGGUAUUUUUGUAUUUGAAAUUAUCUUUAAAUUUAAUAUUCUGUUUUACAAUGUACAUUUUUUAUCACUUGUUAAAAGGAU